AUGUCACAAGUAUCAGCGGCUAUUCCUCAGAAGCAAAGAAGAGGUCCAAAUUUAAAUAUUGUGUUGACAUGUCCCGAAUGUAAAGUUUAUCCUCCAAAGGUUGUUGAAAGAUUUAGUGAGGGUGAUGUUGUCUGUGCAUUGUGUGGGUUGGUGUUAUCUGAUAAACUGGUUGAUACAAGAUCUGAAUGGAGAACAUUUUCCAAUGAUGAUCAAAAUGGUGAUGAUCCAAGUCGUGUGGGUGAAGCCGCUAAUCCAUUAUUGGACGGUAAUAACUUAUCUACCAGAAUUGGUCAAGGUGAGAGUACAGAUAUGAGAUUUACAAAAGAGUUGAAUAGAGCACAAGGUAAGAAUGUUAUGGAUAAAAAGGAUCAUGAAGUUCAGGCAGCUUUUGCAAAAAUUACAAUGUUAUGUGAUGCCGCUGAAUUACCAAAGAUCGUUAAAGAUUGUGCUAAAGAAGCUUACAAACUAUGUCAUGAUGAAAAAUCUCUUAGAGGUAAGUCUUCUGAAAGUGUGAUGGCUGCAUCCAUCUUAAUUGGUUGUAGAAGAGCUUCGGUGGCAAGGACCUUUAAAGAAAUUCAAUCUAUUAUUCAUGUUAAAACAAAAGAAUUUGGUAAAACCUUGGCUAUAAUGAAGGGUAUAUUAAGAGAGAAAUCAGCAGAUGGUUUUAUUAAAAUUGAUACUGAUAACAUGAGUGGUGCACAGAAUUUGACAUAUAUACCAAGAUUUUGUUCUCAUUUGGGUUUACCAAUGCAAGUUACGACUUCUGCAGAAUACACAGCAGCCAAAUGUAAAGAAAUUGAAGAAAUCGCAGGUAAAUCGCCAAUUACUAUUGCUGUUGUUUCUAUUUAUUUAAAUAUCUUGUUGUUUAAAAUACCAAUUACUGCAGCAAGGGUAGGUCAAAUUCUUCAAGUAACAGAAGGUACUAUUAAAUCGGGCUAUAAAAUAUUAUAUGAACACAGAGCGAAGUUAGUCGAUCCACAAUUAAUAGCAAAUGGAACAGUAAUCUUAGAAGACUUGCCAAAGGCUGAAAAGGACAGAAACAUUAAAAAAGAAAAGUAA